CCCUGUUCUCAUAUAGCCAUCUAAGACUAUUUAUUUCGCUAAUUUAACAGCAAAUCGUGUCGAUUAUAGUGUUGUUGACAGGGGUCUGAAGAAUGCGUUGUAGGAACGUCAUAAUUGUGCUGUCGAGUGUAAGAAGCUGAUUGGCUGUUGCCAGUGUGACGGGGGUUCUUGUCCCAGAUCGCAGGGGUUAGACAAUAAGGAUCUAAACAGCAGCAUUUCCAUUAAUAACACAGCAUAGAUGGAAUUUUUCUCUCUGUGAUUUCAAGCAGCUGGCGCUAACACACAUACAACUGUUAUAAUUAUAUGAGACGACUUAAUAAUUAUUCUUAUUCAUUUAAUAACUUAGAUAAAAUCAAAUAAAUCCCAGAAAAAGAUUCUGACUUUUUUAGCAAAGAAAUGGUGAUGGAGAAGCCCAGUCCCCUGCUGGUAGGGCGGGAGUUUGUGAGACAGUAUUACACACUUCUCAAUAAAGCGCCAGACUUUCUGCACAGAUUUUAUGGACGCAACUCAUCCUAUGUCCAUGGUGGACUGGAUUCGAAUGGAAAGCUUUCAGAAGCAGUCUAUGGGCAAGCUGAGAUACAUAAGAAGGUAAUGUCCCUGCAAUUCAGUGAGUGCCACACAAAAAUCCGGCAUGUGGAUGCCCAUGCCACUCUGAGUGAUGGUGUGGUUGUCCAGGUCAUGGGAGAACUUUCCAAUAAUGGACAGCCCAUGAGGAAGUUCCUGCAGACAUUUGUGCUGGCCCCAGAGGGUUCUGUGGCAAAUAAGUUUUAUGUUCACAACGACAUCUUCCGAUAUGAAGACGAGGUCUUUGGGGACUCUGAGGCUGAGCUUGAUGAAGAGUCAGAAGAAGAGACAGAUGAGCCAGAAGACAGGCAGCCAUCACCCGAACCCCUCCAGGAGAGCCCCUAUAAUGCAAACUGUUAUGAACCCCAUCCUGUGAGCUGUAACAAUGGUGUGGAAGAAGCUCAUGAAGAAGCAGUUCUGGAACUAGAAUCGGAAGUUGCCCCUGAACCCAAGAUUGAGGAGCCGAAGCUCAAGGCAGAAGAGAAGGUUGUUGAGGAGUUUGAGGAGAAGGCACCGUCUCCUGUUCCUAUGGAAUCACCACCUAACAUACAAGAACCACCUAAAACUUCUUCUUGGGCCUCUGUGACCAGCAAAAAUUUGCCUCUCAGUGGGACUGUUCCAUCAUCUGGAGGUCAACCACAUGUUAUUAAAGCACCAAACUCACAGCCCAGAGUUGAGACCAAGCCAGAGGUGUCAUCCGCUACAAUCCGUCCACGUGACCAGCGCAUCCGUGAUAGACCUUCAGUAACCUCAAGAGGGCCUAGAUCUGAUGGAAUCUCAUCUUCCGAAUCUCAAACUGGGAAACCACAUUUCAGCUUUGUAAAUAAAGGAAGGGGUGAUGAGUCAAGUGAAAUGGACAGCAGAAGAGUUGUCAGGUAUCCAGACAGUCAUCAGCUGUUUGUUGGAAAUCUCCCUCAUGACAUUGAUGAGAGUGAACUUAAAGACUUCUUUAUGACAUUUGGAAAUGUUGUUGAGUUACGAAUCAACACCAAAGGCACUGGAGGAAAGAUUCCCAACUUUGGCUUUGUUGUCUUUGAUGAUUCUGAGCCGGUGCAAAGAAUUUUAGGAGUCAAACCGAUCAUGUUCCGUGGUGAGGUACGUCUGAACGUGGAGGAGAAAAAGACGAGGGCAAUGCGUGAGCGGGAAACCCGUAGUGGAGGUGGAGAAGAUCGUCGGGACGCAAGACGUAGUGAUCGUGGUCCAGGAGGGCCGCGUGGCAUUGCCGGAAGCAGCAUGAUGCGAGACCGUGAUGGCAGAGGCCCACCUUCACGUGUUGCCACCGUACCUAAACCAGGCAUAGCCUCUGGGAGAGGCAUGGCUUCAAAUUUGACAGCAUUUUAUGUUCUGGUUCUGCCUGAAUAAGUGAAUGGAGCAGCAAUAGAAGAAACUGUAAAGUGGAGAGGUACCAGGAUUUUUGUGUAAAGGUGUUUUGGAUUUAUGCUGAAUGUUUUUCUUAAGGCAGAGUCACUUUAUCAAAUUUCAUUUUCCCCCCAGUUUUCAUAACUUUAAUCAAAUUUUGUGACACGAGUUUCAGUUUACAUCCUAGCCAUUGUUAUUUUUAAAAAUUAAAACGUGACAGUAUUUAUACAGGUUACAGAGAAACCUUGCUGGUGUAUUUCUGACUUUCCCAAACUGACUAGUUUUGCAUUAAUUUUUUAAUUGAAAUUACAGUUAUUAAUAGCAUUUUAAAUAGCACUGAUUAGAAAAAUAGUUUGUCAAAAUGCUUAUUGUAAAUCUGUUUUUCAAAACACACAUGAGUUGUAAGAGACUUCAUUAAUGUACAUUUUGUACUUUUUUUAUGCCUUUUGGGGGGAAGCAUUUUCUGCUGUGGGUUUUUUUUAUAUAUAUAUCUAUUUGAUUGAUAUCCAUACCCAUUUCCGCCUUGGUCAUAAUGAGGAACAUGUGAAUCCUAUUCUUCAUGAAUUGGAGGAACCAUAAGUACAGUAGGCACUGUUUUCAUUUUGCAGUGUUACUCAGUCUAAAAUUUGCACUGAUUUUGUAAGUACAGUUUGAUGUAGCGCUAUUUUUGAUGUUUAACGUCUUCCGUGUCAGGUAGAUUGCACUAUUUGCAGUAUUUCUAGGACAAUCCUCAUCAGGGACAUUGCAUUACUGUGUUUGUUUGUUUGUUUGUUUGUUUUUCAUUCUUCGGGGGACAACUUGGUUCUCUAUAAAAAGAGAUUUUGGUUGCAGAUUCAUUUACUUUUGGAAGAUUUUGAAAGAAAGUAUGCCAAUAAGUCCUGCCUAGAGCCUUCUUUGCCCAUCUGCUCUACCUAGUUCUUACGUGUUCUGAGUUUGGGACCUUGAACGUUUUAAUUACUGUGUAAAUAAAUGCCACAAUGGCCUUUCUAUUUAGACUUCAAGCCCUUCGAUCAGCCAAAUACUUUGAACAUUUGGAUUACAAGAGAGAAAAAGAAGACAUUACACCAUAGGGCUUGGUCAAAUAACUGUGCUUUUCAACCCAAAAUAUGCAUCAGACUUUGUUUUGUUUAAUUUGUUCAUAUCAUUUAAUCAGGUUCUUUUAACCCUCUAAUCCUAAUGUGAAAUAUUAUCUUUGGCUUCCUUGCAGUUAUUGUGACAUUUAUAGAUGCUCUGUUUAUAGAUGUAGUUUAUUUUGGUGGAACAAGAACAUGGUUUUGUAUUAGCAGGUGGUUGCCAAAUAAUUUUCUUUGGACUGCAUAUUUGUAUGAGUAAAAUAUGUUGCAACUGGGUGUUUAUUUAUUACUGUUUUUCUUUCUUUCUUUUCUUUUUCAUUAAAUUUCAUUGUGUUAGACUUGACAUACAAUAAACAGAAAUCUGUGCUGUUCAGUGCAAGAUCUUA